AAACCGAAGACACUCGCCAAGAGCCGAGUACGCCCCAAGACGCUCCGGACCGACCGGAAGCGGAACCGAGCCGAGCCGGAAGGAGCUGAGCCCACCUGAAGGUUGCUGAGCACCGGCAGGCGUUGAGCCCAACGGAGUCCACGUCAUGGCGGCGGACGGUACAGGUGUAGCCGGAGGAAGGGCUGUCGGCGGCUUCCUGACCAAGGACAGUUUGCAGGAUGCUAAGUGCCCGGCAGCAGUCUCCAACCGGCGGCGCGCUUCCUCGCUGUCUCGUGACGCGGAGCGCCGAGCCUAUCAGUGGUGCCGGGAGUAUCUGGGCGGGGCCUGGCGCCGAGCCCGGCCGGAGGACCUGAGCAUUUGCCCCGUGAGUGGAGGCCUUAGCAACCUGCUCUUCCGAUGCUCGCUACCGAACCACCUGCCCAGUGUGGGCGAGGAGCCCCGCGAGGUGCUGCUACGACUGUAUGGGGCCAUCCUGCAGGGCGUAGAUUCCUUGGUACUAGAGAGUGUGAUGUUCGCCAUUCUUGCAGAAAGGUCACUAGGGCCCCAACUCUAUGGAGUGUUUCCAGAGGGCCGCCUGGAACAGUACCUCCCAAGCCGGCCAUUGAAAACUCAAGAGCUGCAGGACCCAGUGUUGUCAGGAGCCAUUGCAACAAAGAUGGCCCGUUUCCACGGUAUGGAGAUGCCUUUCACUAAGGAGCCCCACUGGUUGUUUGGGACCAUGGAGCGGUACCUACAGCAGAUCCAGGACUUGCCUUCCACUGGCCUCCCUCAGAUGAACCUGCUGGAGAUGUACAGCCUGAAGGAUGAGAUGGGCAAUCUCAGGAAGUUGCUAGAUGCUACUCCAUCACCAGUAGUCUUCUGCCACAAUGACAUUCAGGAAGGGAACAUCUUAUUGCUCUCAGAGCCAAAAAGUGACGACAGCCUCAUGUUGGUUGACUUUGAGUACAGUAGUUACAACUACAGGGGCUUUGACAUUGGGAAUCAUUUCUGUGAGUGGGUUUAUGAUUACACCCAUGAGGAAUGGCCUUUCUACAAAGCAAGACCCACAGACUAUCCCUCUAGAAGACAGCAGCUCCAUUUUAUCCGCCAUUAUCUGGCAGAGGUUCAGAAAGGUCGGGUCCUCUGUGAAGAGGAGCAGACGAAACUGGAAGAAGAGUUGCUGGUAGAGAUCAGUCGGUAUGCUCUGGCAUCUCAUUUUUUCUGGGGUCUGUGGUCCAUCCUCCAGGCAUCCAUGUCCACCAUAGAGUUUGGCUACUUGGAGUAUGCCCAGUCUCGGUUCCAGUUCUACUUCCAGCAGAAGGGGCAGCUGACCAGUUUCUACCCAUCAUCUUGACAAUCCAACCUCACCUCACAUUUCUCCUGGAGCCUCCAGGGCAGGACCUUGGAGGGAGGGCCAAAGAGCAAGAAACCCCAGAGACUGGGCUGUGCCUCUUAAGUGAGACUGUUGUUGCAAAGCUGACCUCUGUCCCCCUGUUUUGAGUAGUUGCCCAAGGUGGGCAUCUGGGAACCCCUGGAGCUGCAUACCUAAAUAAAUGAGUUUCUUAAGAAAUACAAA